AUGGGUUCUAUGUGGAAUGUGUUUCUGGUUUUGGCAUCAUUGGUCUCUGUUGCACUAUGCGCCCCUCCACGGAGGCCAGUGGAUGUAGAAUUCGGACGAAACUAUGUGCCCACUUGGGCUUUUGAUCACAUCAAAUACUUCAAUGGAGGUUCUGAGAUUCAGCUUCAUCUUGACAAGUACACUGGUACUGGCUUCCAGUCCAAAGGGUCAUACUUGUUUGGUCACUUCAGCAUGUACAUAAAGAUGGUUCCUGGAGAUUCAGCUGGCACUGUCACUGCUUUCUAUUUAUCUUCCCAAAACGCGGAGCAUGAUGAGAUAGAUUUUGAGUUCUUGGGGAACAGGACAGGACAACCUUACAUUUUGCAAACAAAUGUGUUCAGCGGAGGCAAGGGUGACAAAGAACAAAGAAUCUAUCUCUGGUUCGAUCCCACAAAAGGUUAUCACAGAUACUCAGUUCUGUGGAACAUGGAUCAGAUUGUGUUCUUUGUAGAUGAUGUCCCAAUCAGGGUGUUCAAGAACAGCAAGGACUUGGGAGUGAGAUUCCCAUUUGACCAACCAAUGAAGAUAUACAACAGUUUGUGGAAUGCUGAUGAUUGGGCCACAAGGGGUGGUUUGGAGAAAACAGAUUGGUCCAAAGCACCCUUUAUAGCAGCUUACAAGGGCUUCCACAUUGAUGGGUGUGAAGCCUCUGUGAAUGCAAGGUUCUGUGCCACACAGGGUAAGAGAUGGUGGGAUCAACCAGAGUUCCGUGACCUUGAUGCUGCUCAAUGGCGAAAGCUCAAGUGGGUGCGCCAGAAGUUCACCAUUUACAACUACUGCUCUGACAGAAAGCGCUACCCUCAACUACCCCCUGAAUGCAGAAGAGACCGUGAUAUUUAAAUUUUCAUAUACUAUUGUUAUUAUUGCUACCAUUAGUUCUCAUUUACUUUUACCAUAUUGUUAUUAAUGCUACCAUUAGUUCUCAUUUACUUUUACCACCAUGUCACAUUGUUACUCA